CAUUCAAGAUGGCGGCGCCCAUGCGUUUAUUUGGCAGAUGGUUACUUGCUGAAGGAAAACCAUGUAUUUCACGAAUUAUCAGAGAAAGGAAGACGGAAGGAUUGACUUUCAGUCAGAUUCGCCAAACAGCUUCCCCGUCACGUGAACUGAAGAAAUUUUACAAGAAUGCAUAUGUUGUCCAGUCAAAUGGUUGGUUUGAAAUCAAUUUGGACAACAGAAAACUAAGAACACCAACAGGAAAUCUGUUCCGUGUUCCCAGUGAAACUUUAGCAAUGGCAGUGGCCACGGAAUGGAACGCCCAACAAGACACCAUUAAAAGACACAACAUGCAUCUGAAUAGUUUGUCCAAUACAGCACUUGAUAACCCUAUUGGGAAAACCAAAGAAGAAAUGACAACAUCAUUGAUGCAUUUUUUGGAAACCGACACCAUUUGUUUCAGACUGACAGAGCCACAGGAUUUAGCAGAACUGCAACAGAAGGAAUGGGAACCUAUCAUGAAAUGGGCAAGUGACAGAUAUAAAGUAGAGUUGUGUUCAACCACUGGUCUACAGAGCCUUGUGAUUCCUGCCAAUACUAGACAGACUUUAGAAAAGUACCUGAUCUACAACAAUGAAUGGGCAUUGCAUGGUUACCAGUUUGGAGUGGAGGCCCUGAAGUCACUGCUGUUGAUGUUGGCUGUGGUCCACAAACAAAUAUCAGUGGAGCGAGCUGUUUACCUGUCCCGACUGGAGAGCCAGUAUCAGGCAGACACUUGGGGCAAUGUUGAGUGGCACCAUGACUUCGACAAAUAUGACCUACAGGCACGCGUAGCAGCCGCUGCCGUCUUUAUUCACUGGUGUAGUGAGAAAACUAGUGUCUGGUCCAAAAGAUAACUACCACCAAAACAUUAGUUAGUGAUAGACUAGUGCCAGUAUCAAAGAAUUUCCCGCUUGUAAAUCACCAUUUUAUGUCAACCUCACAGUUAAUAAAGCUGUAGAAUUUUAAAA